UAAUGAUAACUAAGGCGGUAGAUAGAUGCAAAACAAAAAGAGGACGCUUUCUCUUUCUGUCUGAGUUCCGAGUUAACUCAGUUACAGAGCAAAAUGAGUCAGGAAUCGUUCAUAUACAGUUUCGUGGCUCGUGGAACGAUGGUGUUAGGUGAGUACACCGAGUUUACCGGGAACUUCCCUGCCAUUGCAGCUCAGUGUCUUCAGAAACUACCUUCUUCAAAUAACAAGUUCACCUACAACUGUGACCACCACACCUUCAAUUUUCUGGUUGAAGAUGGUUAUGCUUACUGUGUUGUUGCCAAAGAAUCUGUAAGCAAGCAGAUAUCUAUUGCAUUCCUUGAACGAGUCAAAGCUGACUUUAAGAAAAGAUAUGGUGGUGGAAAAGCAGAUACAGCUAUUGCCAAAAGUUUGAACAAGGAAUUUGGACCAAUUAUGAAAGAACACAUGAAGUAUAUCAUUGAUCACGCUGAAGAGAUUGAAAAGCUAUUAAAAGUGAAGGCCCAAGUUUCAGAAGUUAAAAGCAUCAUGUUAGAAAAUAUAGAUAAGGCUAUUGAUAGAGGAGAAAACCUAACCGUUCUUUCCGACAAAACCGAGACAUUGCGUUCACAGGCUCAAGAUUUCAGAAAGCAAGGAACACAGGUCCGUCGCAAGAUGUGGUAUCAGAACAUGAAAAUUAAAUUGGUUGUUCUUGGAAUUCUGUUGUUUCUGGUCCUGGUUAUCUGGCUCUCUGUUUGUGGUGGAUUUGAUUGUUCAAAUUAGCAAUAAUUAAAACUUUACUAAUCAUGUUCUUAUUUCAAGAGUUUAAUAACUAUAUAUUGAUAGUAUAAAAAAGUUUUGCCAAGACAUUUAACCAUAUUUUACCAUUUUAUUAUGUCAUAAUUUUUAUAAGUUAUUGACAGUGAAAAUGGUGAAAGUAUGAUUGAAUGUUUAUGUGAAAUUUUUGUAUACUGUGAGUAUAUAGUUAAUAUUUUUAUUUAUAAAUGAUGUUGAAAUGGGCAACUUAAGAAGAAAAUGAAACCAGGAGGGUCAAUUUGUGAAUUGGAAAAAAGUUUCCUA